AUGCUGGGAAGAUUGAUACAGGGCUAUGCUCGAGGUAGUCAGCUCGAAAGUACUACCGACGAGUCGCAUACCCGCGCCCUUCUCUGGCCAGAGCUUGCUUCCGAUGCGCGAUCCCAUUCCUUCUCGCCGCCGACCACUCCGUUUGGCUCUCCUAGCUACCGAGUCGCCCCCUUCGACGAUCGCUCUGGUCUGGAGCUGAACGAGUCCAGGGAUCUAAGGUUGAUCAUCGCUCAAGAUGCGUUCGGCACAAAUGAUCGGCCAAUGGUUCUUCUAGACACCCAGUGCUUAGAGCCCGGCACAUCUUCUUCGGAGUCGGGCUCCCAGAAGUCCAGUGGCUCCCCGUACUCAAGCGAGACCGGAGGUCGAACAAUACCUGGCGUUCCUAUUUAUGGCCAUGCAAGACACAGGAGUUCCACCAUCUCCGGGGCUUCCGCCUCAUGGGCGCGCUCGUUCAAAGAAUCAGAGACUACAGAUCAUAUCAGCAAUAUUCUCGACUGUAUGUUUGGGGUCAGCAGCGCGACUAAAUCGGGGUCGAGCACCAAAAUGCAUCUUCUACCGGGUGAUCGAAGCGUUCCCACAGACCUUGGCCCCCGAGCCUCCAUCAUUGCCACCAGUCCAGCAGCCACGCGUACACCACUUCUAAGAGCUAAGACUGCUACACAGGCGACAAAUACACACCGUCACGCUGCAUCUCCCAGAGAAACUGACAUGGAGUCUCGGGAUGCGAUAUUAAUCACUCGCAUGUUUCCGGUCAGUCUACCCGACAGCCAAGAAGAUUUGAGGCAACAUCGUGGGUCAUCGGCGGGAACGGUUGACCCAGCCAGUCCAGUGUCCCCAGUAAGGGAACAACAAGACUCGCCCAGUUUACAGUCCAAGAAGCCAAAGCUGGUGGAAAAGAAAACGCCAGUCUAUGCCGCUGCUCUUCUGUGCUAUCUGCCCCGAUCUGGUGAUGUGCGGCCAGGAACCUCCGGCGCUCGCCCGUCAUCAAGAGCUUCGACGAUGGCAUCAUCCAUCCCAAACUCGUAUGGCUCAGACUCUUUGUCCUCAUGGACGAUCCUGAAUACCAUUCCUGAUCAUCUGUUAUCGCCGGAGACUUCCGCUCAGGUAACUGAUCAAGGGAUAGAGAUUAUUGUGAAAAAGUGGGAUGUCAUAUUGAGGAGCUUAGCUGUUGUUGAAGAAGGCGCUCGUGCUGAAAUAUGUGACCUUCUACAACAGGUCAACUUGGCCAUGAUUUCCUCUGCGGCAAAGGCGCCUAAAGGACCGUCAGAACAACGUACAAAUCAGCGCAACGUCUACCUGCGCUCGCCGAAUGCACUGGCCCGAAACUCUGCGCUCCACCGCGUGGUCAAACACGCCUUGUGGAGGGUCUCAUACGCACUCCGUGUUCCUCGUGUGGUGACUGGCUUCGGCCUCGACCCCGGCGGGCCUUGGCUUGAUGAAGCGAGAUAUCUCGUCCGUGCCUGUGGGAACAAGCAGCACAACUUCUUUUUAUUCAACCUGAUGACCGCUUUCUUGGGUAACCAUACGGAAUGGCUUGAGCGCAUCGGGCCCGACUGGUAUCGGAAACAAUUCCAGGCCUUGAAUCAAAGGCGGGCCAGGCCUAGCAAUCUUGCGUGUCGAACUGUCAUCAUCUGUGAUAAUCGCUCGAUGGCACGACGGCUCAUUUUCCUGCUUGCCUCGUUUCUGCCCCGCUCUUACAAUGUGGACCCUCUGGCAAGGCUCGGAAGUGGAAUCAUCUCUCCGUUGUCAACGCCUGAUAUCAGCAGCCCUUCAUCUGCUGGUAGGCUGGCCAGUGAAGGAAUGAUGCGCCGUCACGCCUAUUCCGGUUCCCGUGACGGUUCCAUGAGUUUCUCGCGUCGUGAUGUUGCCGGGCUCUCCACGAGUGCUUCAUCGACUGACAGCACUGGUGGCAUCGGACGGCGCGUUAAAAGGAGUUCACAAUCUGGUUUAUCGCGGCCAGAUUUUGAGCCUAGCUCUAGUAGACACCCAUCCGUGUUCUCACCAACUUCUGAUCGACCGAGUCAGCUCCACAAAACAAAUCCGACGAGUUCCACCGUUACCCCCAGGACGGGCACGCCUGUUCCACACUUCUCAACCAAGGGCGACAGCUAUUUCCCCGAAGGAGCGGUCGCAGACGGUGAUGCAAGUUCUGCGAGCGCGGAUCUGGCUCGAAUACUUCGGAGAGAAAGCAUUAGCAAUGCUCAAACCGCCCCGUCGAGCAUCAGCUGGGGCUCUUUGAUUAGCAACGUGAGCGGGCUCUGGGGCAAGAAGCAGGAUGUGUCUUCCUCAUCGAAUGAAGCCACGACAAAGAGUUUGCGAGAUCGGCGCAGAGUUGCCCCCAGGAUGUCUCCAAUGCCAGCAAUACGCCCUAGCACUCUGGAGCGAAUGGUUGACGAAGCCGCCGACCUCCAACCCACCACACCGCAGGUCAGAGAUGACGACGCGUCCGUGGCAACCCGGAAACAGUCUGCUCCUUCUGAUGCCCAACCACCUCGACUCAGGGUCGAUGACAAAGAUGGAGUUGUUGAUGUUGACAUCAACCUUCCGGGGUUUAUAGGUUGGGAUGAAAGCAAGGCUACUUCUUUGCCCUCUUCUUUGCGCCACCAUUCACCGAUAUUCCCCAACACGGAUGAAGCUACCUCAUCAUACAGCUCCAGGUCCAACCGAUUUCGCAGCACAGGGUCGUCAAGUGCCAUCAAUGUCGCAGGCUAUCUAAAGCGAUAUCAUCAGGAUUUUAUCCUUCAAGGGGUCAAACCGUACCCUGAGUUACAGGACGAAAUAAGGCAGAGCAUGUCACAGGAAGUUACACCUGUCGACAAUCUCUAUAGGCCUUUCCCCGAAGAGGAGGCGGGUGGAGAGUUAUGGGUCAAUGUUUGCACCACCCUUGUUGCUGAUCUCCGGACGUUCACCAUCCAGCGUUUGACUUUGAGGCGGAGGGUUAGAAGCUUCCACCCAGCCGCCAUGCGCAGCAACUCUAGUUUUGACUCCCGAGCAGACGACGUCCCAGAUGAAAACAAUAAUUCGCACCAGCGGAAGUCGCCGGAAGUCGCACCCGAUGGGCCAGAGCGCUUUUUGGUCGAGACAGUGAUGGAUUUUGAUACUACUCUCACCGACGCGGUCGAGCGCGUCCUCAACGAGGCGGAGCAUCCCAGACAAGCCUUAGCCAGGCCGCAUCGAGGCCAUUCCAGAACAGAGUCGGUGGGAACGACUUCAUCAGCCAAGUCUGAGCCGCUGGAGAUUGCUGGCUCAAGAAAAGCCAAACAGUGGGCGCAUCUCUCUCAAUCGGACUGCCGGCAAGUUGUCGUUGGGGCCUUGGAGGAGGUUGUCAGGAGCGUCAACGACGAUUUGGCCAAACAUCAACGCGCCCGAGACGUGGAUGGCCACGUCCGGAUUGACGGGAAAGCUCUCGACCAUGAGAUGAAGCAAGACAACGUCUUGCGCGAAGGGGUCAAGAAAUGGCUCCUCAAUGUUGAGACAAGAACGGUCUGGUAG